UGAACAUCCAACCCUGUUUACCAGGUAAGAUUCGUAGUUCUGAAUCUGUCAUAUAUUAUAUAACAAACACAGUUUUCCCCAAAGAUCGAAUCUCAUGCAGCCAUACAAUCACACUUGAUCACCAAAUGGCGGGACUUUUAAAAGUACAAGGCACGAAAAUCGUUGACACACAGGGCUACGCUGUGGUGUUGAAGGGCGCUGGUAUCGGGGGCCACAUGAACAUGGAAAAUUUCAUCACUGGCUACCCAGGCCAGGAAGCUGAACACAAGGAAGCAUUGUUGAAGGCCAUGGGCCAAGAAAAGUUUGAUUACUUCUUUGACAAGUUCUAUGAAUACUUCUGGACCGACAAGGAUGCAGAGUUUUUCAAAUCUCUCAAUCUCAACUGUUUGCGCAUUCCAUUCAACUACCGCCACUUUGUGGACGACGCUGAUUUGUUCACCAUCAAACCAAAGGGGUUUGCCUUGUUGGAUAGAAUUGUGGAUAUCUGCGCUAAGCACGAAAUCUAUGUGAUUUUGGACUUGCACGCCGUUCCGGGAGGCCAGAACCAAGAUUGGCAUUCUGAUUCUGGUAUCCACAAGGCUUUAUUCUUCCAGUUCUCGGUAUUCCAAGACUCUAUGAUUCAUUUAUGGAAGGAAAUCGCUAGUCACUAUGCGGGAAACCCUUGGAUAGCCGGCUACAACCCAUUGAACGAACCAGCGGACUCCAAGCAUCACAGAUUAGUGGAAUUUUACAUCAAGGUGGAAAAGGCAAUUAGAGAAGUGGAUCCUGACCAUAUUAUCUACUUAGAUGCCAACACCUACGCGAUGGAUUUCAGCCAGUUUCCAGCGACCCCUUUCCCAAACACUGUAUACGCCAUUCAUGACUACUCAGUUUACGGUUUCCCGGGUACCGGUGAUCACUACUCAGGCACUCCAGAGGAGAAACAGAACUUGUUGAAGCUGUACUCGCGUAAGAUUGAGUACAUGAAGCAGAAGAAGGUGCCAGUCUGGAACGGUGAGUUUGGACCUGUUUACGCGAGUGAAGCAAGAGGAGAUAUCAAUUACGAAAAGGCAAACCAGAGACGUUACCAGGUGUUGAAGGACCAGUUGGCUAUCUACAAAACCGGCGACCCUUCAGGCGACGGGGCCCCAAUCUCGUGGUCCAUUUGGUUGUAUAAGGACAUUGGCUACCAAGCAAUCACCUACGUGUCUCCAAAGUCCAAAUGGUUCCAAGUGUUGGGAGACUUCCUCUUAAAGAAGCAGAAGUUGGGUCUUGAUAAAUGGGGGAGAGACGCGGAUCCGGAGGUAGAAAAGAUCUACGACCGUGUGAAGGCUCAUUUCCAUGAGGCCAUUCCUCAGGAGUUCCACAAGCUGGUCUACCCAAACAACUUUGGGAUUGACAACUAUGUAGACCGUGUCUUGAGAGAAAUGUUGUUGUCUCAGUAUAUGGGGUACGAGUUUGCCGAUCUUUUCAAGGGCUUGGACUUUGCAGAGUUGGAUGAGUUAGCUGCCAGCUUCAAGUUUGAGAACCUUGAGACCAGAGACGAUUUGAAUAAGUACUUGAGCGAGUAUUAAAAUGAACACUAGUUGGAAGAGGUGCAUCAGAUAUUGUCUCACACUCGGUUUAUCACGAAAUCCAAUCAUUCUACGAUUCUUCCGAUAUAGUGUAACGGCUAGCACGGUUCGCUUUCACCGAGCAAACCCGGGUUCGACUCCCGGUAUCGGAG